CCCAACCAGGCUCAGAUGAAGCUGCAGCUCGUGAGAGGGAGAGGCAGGGAGGGAGGAAGAGUUUGAACACACUGCAGAGGGAGUGCAGCUAUGGGGAACGCACAGGAGAAGCCUCCGGGCAGCGGAGGAGGAGGAGGAGGAGGAGGAGGAAGACCAGAUCAGGCCACAGCAGGGACCGGGACGAGAAGCCGGGGUGGAGCCGGUGUGGAAAAGCCCCAGACUCAGAGAGCUCCAGGGAAGGGGGUGGCCAAUGGCACUCAGAGGGAAAACAGCUCUGCUGGUGGACAAGGGAAGCAGGACAGCCCUGCAGUGGACACAAGUUAUCUGGACGCCCCUGCUGGCGCUCUUCCUCCUCACCUGGCCCGGCUCAAGAAUGCAGGGAACCACCUCUUCAAACAUGGGCAGUUUGGAGACGCCUUGGAGAAGUACACACAGGCCAUUGAUGGAUGUGCUGAAGCAGGCAUUGACAGCCCAGAGGACGUGUGUAUCCUCUAUUCCAACAGAGCCGCCUGUUACCUGAAGGAUGGAAACAGCACAGACUGCAUACAGGACUGUACCAAGGCUUUGGAGCUGCAGCCCUUCUCGUUGAAGCCCCUGUUGCGCAGAGCUAUGGCCUAUGAGUCACUGGAGCGCUACAGAAAGGCCUAUGUGGAUUAUAAGACCGUCCUGCAGAUAGACACCGGGGUGCAGGCGGCUCACGACAGCGUCCACAGGAUCACCAAGAUGCUUAUCGAGCAGGACGGACCCGAGUGGAGAGAGAACCUUCCGGAGAUUCCCACCGUCCCUCUGUCUGUCCAGCUGCAACACAGAGACAAACCGGUCAGCGCCGAAGUGGCUCAAGCCCGAGCCGCCAGGGCUGCGCAGGAGGAAGCCAGAAGAAAAGACGCCCGCUUUACUUUACUGAAACGAGAAGGCAACGACCUGGUCAAGAAAGGCCACUUUCAGGAAGCUCUGGAAAAGUACUGUGAAUGUCUCACAUUGAAACCUGACGAAUGUGCCGUCUACACAAACAGAGCCAUUUGUUUCCUGAAACUAAAUCGCUUUGAAGAGGCCAAACAGGACUGUGACUCUGCGCUGCAGCUUGAGCCGAGCAACAAGAAAGCCUUCUACAGACGAGCCCUGGCUUUUAAGGGUUUACAGGACUACCUGUCGGCCAGCAGUGACCUCCAGGAAGUCCUCCAGCUGGAUCCGAAGGUUCGGGAGGCCGAGCAGGAGCUUGAGGUGGUGACGAGCCUGCUGAGACAGAGCCUGAUGGACAGCACUGCACACACACACAGGGUUUGAUGUUUGUGGAGGAAUAUGGAGGCAGAGGAAUGAAACAGGCGUGGACACGUACUGUACUGUAGCAGCUAUGGAGGAAAAGGACUCUUAAAGCCAUCAACUGAAGUAAGUGAGACCUGUUCAAAUGGAAAUGACUGGCGUUGACUCCAGGGACGGGCUCCUUGGACGACCAGCUUUUCAGCUCUGCACCAUCUGCAACGUGUACGAACCACACACACACACACAACCUUACAUAACAGGCAGCUUUAUUUAAAAAAGGCUAACAUCAAGGUACUCGUGGCCUGCUUUGCACUAUAAAUCAUUCACAUUAUGAUGUAACGUACUGUACAUACAGGUUCAUGCAACAGGCUGCACAGCGCUGUUUUAUGGUGGCGUAACACGGGGAAAGUGUUAUAUGUGUGUAUUAUGUGUGCCUUAUUGAGAUUUUUACCACAGUAAGGAUGAAAUACGCCAAGAUUAAAAGUUUUACUUUGAUGUGUUUGGUUCACUGAGCUCAAAACAAACAGUGCCGACAGAAUCUGAUCCGACUCAGCUGUGUUGUGUGUGAAGAUAAGGAACUCCCAGACAGUUUUAAAAAGUUCAAUGACAUCUGGUUCAAUCUUUGUGUAUCCAGAGUUUCAGCUAUUUCAAGAUAUUUGUCAUGUUUACAUGUAUUUUCAGCUGCUAUUAAAAAAGAUAAGCCAACAUCUUACUAAUUACUUACUUACUAAAUAUUUCUACAGCUAAACACCCUCUGAAGUGAGGCGCUGAAAAUACAAUUUAAGAGAAUCCCCACAGUUAAAGGGACAGUUCACCCCAAAAUCAAAAACAUAUAUUUUUCCUCUUACCUGUAGUGCUAUUUUUCACGUGCAUAUUUUAUCGGCCAUAGAAUUGUCUGCCUUCUCUUGAAUAUAAUGGAACUAGGUGGCACUCAGCUUGUGGUGCUCAAAACACCAAAAAACACAUUUGAAAAACUCAUCAGCAAUGUCUCUUUGUAGAAAUCAUGACCCUGUUACUCAAGAUAAUCCACAGACCUUGUUGUGAGCAGUUUCAUGUAGGAACUAUUUUCUUUCUACUGAACUACACUGCCAAUCGUAUCACUGCACAGAAGAAAGUGUGCAUCUACUCAUGCGUGGGGGCUUGUGCUUGUGACAGCGUGAGAUGUAAAUAUUAAAGGUGUUAUCCUUGGCUGAGCUGUAAUGUGAACUAGCAGUAGAUGCAUGCUGUCAUACCAGUACUGGUUCUGUACUUACAUUUCUCUGUAAUAACAAAAAUAUAAUCGUUUAAAAAGCUGCAGGGGUGACGUAGUACACUUCAAUUCAAUUUUGCUCCUCUGCUCUUUUCUAAUUAUCCAAAGAGCUAAUCUUCUCUGUCUGUCUGUGUGUGCAUGUGCGUCUGCUUGUCUAGCAGUGAUACUGGGCUAUCACUGAAAUAAUAUAGAAAAGAAAAUAGACCAGAUGUCAAAACUAUGUUGGCAGAUCGGCAUUGCAGCAAUAGUUUUGGCUCGCUGGGAAGCCGAUGAAGUGACUGAUGGAGUGACCGAUGGAGUGUCUGAUGGAGCGGCCGAUGGAGUGUCUGAUGAAGCAGCCGAUGAAGUGUCUGAUGAAGUGACCAAUGGAGUGACCGAUGAAGCAGUUUUAAAGCUCUGUGGCUGGCUUCCAGGCUUCGGGGUGCUUCAUGGCCCUUCUGCCUCUUGUCAAAACCAGCUGCUUUCACCCAGGUACCGGGUACUGACAUUUGGCACCAAUAGAUCUAACGUUAAUUGGUACUCAGUAGUAACAACAUAAUACAGUCAGUGCGAUACCCAAUCCUAGUAGUGAUACGAUUGUUGUGUGUAGUUCCAUAGAAAGAAAAUAGUUCCUAUAUGAAACUGCUCACAACAAGGUCUGUGGAUUAUCUUGAGUAACCGGGUCGUGAUUUCUGGAAAGAGACAUUGCUGUUGAGUUUUUCAAAAGUUUUUUUUUGGCGCUUUGAGCACCACAAGCCCAGUGCCAUCUAGUUCUAUUAUAUCCAAGAGAAGGCAGACAUCUUAUGGCUGAUAUCUCCAACACUCAGCAACUCACACUAAAACAAUCCAGACUGAUGAAUAGCACUACAAGUAAGAGGAAAAAUAUGUAGUUUUGAUUUUAAGGGUGAACUGUCCCUUUAAAAUAUUCCCUGAGCUCAGUUAUUGUUAAUCAUUUAACUGUCAAUUGAUUGGUUUAGUAAAUAUAAGUUAGCGUUACAUAAUUACUUACUGUAAGACUUACUGUAGGUCUCAGGUUCAAUCUUGAAUGUAACCACGGUGACUGCGUGUCUUUGUGUGUGAACAGGUGUACAGUAUUUACGUUUGGAGAGUCUCUCAUCAGAAUAUACAGUUUUAUUAACGGCUUUGAACUCAACAGUCGGGACACAAGAGACGUAAUCUGCAGGGUGAUGACACAGCUUGUUGUCUGGCCUCUACAUCAACUGAUUUAAGUCUCUUAAACUAAAAUGAUUCGGGAUGCUGCAGGCUGGGAACCUACACAACAACAACAACAUAACUCCUCUAUGAGCUCUUCAGGUGUAUAUUCAGACGUUUAGCCCUGCAGCCAUGAUCCACAUACACAGGUGUUUUCACUUUAUUUGCCUAAUUAGAGCUUCCCCCAGGUCAGUGCUUGAUUGACAGUUACCUGACUUGCCUGGUUGUAUUUUCAAACCUGUUUGAGGGACAUUAGACUUCUGUCACUCUUGGCAGCAGACUGAGUUUCGUGCCUUCACUUAACAUCAAUAGCAGCAGAUCUAACUUACCAAAAUCACUGUAAACACCUGUGUGGGUGUGCAGGGCAUUUAAAUAUCUGUCUUUUGAAUCCUAUCCAUUCCUGUGCUUUCUGAACAUCCCAUGUCAGCCCUGUAACACAAAACAAAAUGUAAAUCUAUGUAUAGCACAAUGUGCCACAUCGUUUAUUUCAUUCAUACUUUUAUGUAUUAUUACACUUGAUCCAAUCUGAAUUGAUCUGUUACCCAUUGUUUUCCUUGUGUUGUCCAAAUAAAAGCAUAAAAAUCUCAACUAAAUCGAAACACUUGAGGCUUGAAGUGUUGCUUCGUGGAAUGUAAGAGCAUGUACUGUAUGUAAAUAGUUUGGAUGCAAAUGUAAAUAAUAAACUGCUUUGUGGAUGCU